AUGUCUUCAGCAGUCGUCAUUGGACUCGGUACACUCGGAGCGGCGUUCGCGGGCCGUGUGGCGUGGCAGAUGAUGCGCCGCGGCGCCGCAGACCAGUUCGUCAAGGGCGGGUUCAAGCCCAAGAUGGACCGCGCCGAGGCCAUCGCGAUUCUGGGUCUUCGCGACCCGCUCACUGCGAACAAGCUCAAGGAUGCGCACCGGCGUCUCAUGCUCGCGAACCACCCAGAUAGGUCUGGCUCUCCGCUAUUAGCUGGAAAAAUCAAUGAGGCGAAAGCUCUUCUUGACAAGACGGUUCGCAAGUAG